UAGGCUUGAUCCCUCACUUCCUCUGCAAAUGGAUGUUCUUGCUGUGCCCACAAGUUGUCAAGGUUUGUGCUGCUGCCCAGCCUUGCAUACUGGUGUGACUUCUGCUGAGACAUUAAGAAUGGCAUGGCUCUUGAGAAAAGCAAGACCCACUGGACCCACAGCACAAAUACUGAGAUGGAAUCCAGUGAACCUGAGGUAAGACUGCUCUCUAUCACAGCUGUACAGCUCCAGAGUACUGGAUAGUGAAUGUGGGAAGUACCAGCAGUCCUUUACAAUGUGCCAGCAAUGACUAGAGAUGAUGAAUCCAAAGGUGCUGAAAAAUAAAAGCAAGCAUAAAGUGACAUGAGCUCUCUACGGCUGGCAGCGCUGCAAACCCAAACCGGUGAUGGCUUUGGCAAAAAGCUUUUCUGUUCGGUGGCAGAGGAAGCCCAAGCAGAAGUGGCUCUGCACGCUCAGCAUGGCCAUGGUACAGAGAACCUGGCCCUGUUUCUGCUGUCAUGUUGUUGUGGAAGAGCAAUUCAACUGGUGUCAGAGGAUUUCCACUGACAUAAAUCUGGUCAUUUUGAAGUGUUGCAGACUUCCUUCAGAACAAUCCAGCCCCUGCCCUGAGGAACCUUGCAGCAAAGGUAUGUCUGAUAAAGAAUAUUGGAUUAGACUGAGAUGUGAGUCCAGAAGGUUUUCCCUCCCCUUCAUCGUUCCUGCCAAGAGAACUGGAGAGCUGUGGUCAGUGGCACCGCUGAAGGACAUGUGGGCUGACAGACAGUUCACUGAACACAAUGAGUGAAAACUGCCUGGAGCAUAAGAAACGUGCAAACCAAAGCUCCGCUACAUUGCUGACACUCAAUGGAUCAUCAGCAGUGAGGUAUGUCACACUACUGCUGCAUUUUGAGAUUCAGACUCUCUUUGGAAAUGGGAAUGCUGGAACAUUGGGUCUUCUGCCCUCCAGAUGAGUGGGGUGACAUAAAAGAUUACUAAGCUUGCAGAAAGUGCUUUUUCACCACCUCUAAGCCCACACAUCUCUAUCUGUAACCCUGAAAACCACAUGAGAUGUCAUCUCCAAUGUACAUGUUGCACUCUAGCCCUCCCUGUUGUCUGUGUGCUGGAGACAGUUACUGACCACCUUAAACCUUGACCAGCUCUCCUCUGUGUCUGAAUAUACCUUUUAGUGAAUUCAGUGUAUCACAUAUCUCCUACAAAGCACUAACUGCAUGCACAUUCAGCAGUCUGCUGCACUCUCCUUUUCUGCUCCACAGGAACUGGAAGGAGUUAGGGAAUGCUGCCAAAGAUGGAAUUGGCACAGAGAAGCACAAUGGUAAACUGCUGGUAGUGCAUACACUACAGAUGUUGGGUUGGAUCUGGUAGGAUACAGGGCAUACACAGUCUGUUAUGGAAUGGAUAAAACUGCACAGGUAGGUAAUGUACUAUCUGAAAACUGCUUUUAUACUCUGAAGAGAUUAGUGUCUGUCGUUUGGGCUUUUACUUUCAAGUCUAAUAGCUGGAGAUUUAAUCCCUUAUUCAAAGAAGUAAUUACUGUUCAUAUAAAUAGGUCUGUUGGAGUCAGGGAGCUGAGGGAGGGAUAAUCAGUUUUACCAAUCCAAGUCUCUACAGUAUUGCCCAAUGAGUGAUGUAGCAUUUAGUGCAUGUAGCAGUGAUGGAGUAUAUUUUCAACGGUGAUCUGUGGAAACAGUCAGAUUUGGGUGCUGACUGAGGCCAUGGCCCUUCCAGGGUUCCAUCUACAUGUGGUACAUGUCUCUGCAUCAGUGACGGGUUGGAUGGCAGGACACGGUUCUUCCUGAAAUCAGUAUCGUGCAGGCUGAGCCUGCUUUGGAGCGGGGAUCUCAGUCUCCAAACCCCGCAGGUAGUUGCCAUCCAACAGGCUUUUGAUGAAGGAGUCUGGAGCUGUAGUUUUGCCCGCUAAAUAGAAGCAUGCAUCAGGUUUCUGAUCCCUUCAUCUUUAACCGUUAAAUACAUUAGGUGGGAUUUCUGUGGCUUGAAACAAGUGAGAUUUGUAGGAUUUCAGAAUCUGUUGUUUCUUUACUGCCUGUACCAGCUGGCAGCUGGGGCUGAGGGGGAUCCUACAGCACUCACACCCUCAUCAGAGCAUCCCUGGCAGCGGUGCUGGGGUUGUCAUGCCAGGCCAGGAAGCAGAAUGUGCAGCAGCAGAGCUGUGAUAUUUUUUCCUUCCUCUCUCCCACCUCCAUGUGGGGAACUCCGUCAGCCAUCAAGUGAAAUCACUGCAGCACACAGCACAUCUCCGAAGGUGGGAAAGGGGGUGCUGGGCACAUCCCUAUUUAUUACAGAGGGGUAAAGCGUAGGAUGCAGGUGGGGUUCAAAGAAAAGAAAGGGAUGUGGGAUGAGGAUCUUGUGGUGGUCAUUGUUGCCAAAGAAACCAGUUGAAGGGAGAAAAAUAGUUGGACUUCUGUCAUAUUAUUAUUUACAUGCAGUCACAUAGUACGCAGAAGUCCACAACAUCACAGGUUAGAACCACACCAUAACACAUUGAACUCUUCCUCCUCUGUGACCCUGAAAGUCUUGGGAUUGUGUUUUCACUCCUGGUUUUAGUUUUGCUUUUGUUGUUGUUGAUGGUUUGGUUUUUACUGUUGUCACUUCAUCCGGAGAGUUCUUGAUGCUGCAUUUGGGUGACAUCUUGAACUGCAGUUGGUGCUGCUUUAGCUUUGUUGCCAUUUCAGAUAAUGAACUGCUCCAGUUCUGUUCCCAGUGUUCCGACUGCUGCAGGAAUGGAGUCAUGCCAAUAGUGGUAGGUUUGGAAAAUCAUUUGCAACUGUGUGCCAAGCCCCUGGAGGAGCUGCCAUUUAGAAACACAGAAAUGAGAAGAGAAGAAUAGGUCCAGUGAUCAGUUCCUAACUGUUCAUUGUAUGACCCCAGGCAACUAAUUUGAUUUCUUUGUGCCACAGUUUAUUGAUCAGAAAAAUAGGGAUAAUAUCUAUUUAUGUGUUGCAAUAGGUUGGGAAAUCUAAUAAAUGGUUGGCAAUAAGCUUUUGAUCCUGUCAGAGUAACAGAGAACAGCAAAAGACUGUAUUAUUUACAAAUUUGUGUUUCAUUUCUCAUGUAAUUGGCAUUGUUAUGGUGCUAUUUGGAAUUAAGCUGAUGCUAAAUAGUUUACUGAAGCAGAAUUCAACAGGCUCUUGAUCCUAGUGUGUGGGAGAUUCUGAUGUGACUCAAGCUCUCCUUCACUUGCUUAGGCAGUUGAAUUAAGUCUUGCUGGGUGUGCAGCCCCAGACAGAUCACACUCUACAGCCUCAGUGGCUCAGACUUACCUGUUCUCCAUAGUUACCAUCCUCCUCUGCUUUAGGCACAGUAGAUACAGCCCUGGAGCACACAUAGGUUCACCACGUGGCCUCUGACUGCAUCCUCUGUCUUUCUGUAGGUGAUUCUGUGCUUUUGGCUUAGUUACAGAAAGGCAUUGAUUGUGCUGUGUUUUUAUAUGAAAACUGGUCCAUAAACAAGCUAAAUCACAGCCCCAGCUGGAGUUCAAGCUGUGGAAGCAAGCAGCACUGGAAAAGAGCCUUGUUUAGGGAGAUAGAUUGAAAUGAGCCAUGUCCUCAUACCAGUAUAUGUAUCUGUGUGGCUGUGCUUACCUCUAUCUGUACAUGUGUGUAUGUUAGAAAGACAGAAAUCUAAUAGUCACGGAGUAGCCAUACAAAGCUUCAGGGAAGAAGUAAACAGAAAUGACAAGGAAAAUAAUUCCUUCCCUAAAGAGAAAACAAGAAGAAACCUAAAACCAGAAUAUAGAGGACAUACAUGGCUCCCAAGGCUGUCUGGGGUCUUGGUCUGCUAUUCCCCUAGAACACCAAACUGGAUGAGGAGAGCAGAUCCUAGAUGAAGUCUCCUUCUCAGUGUCCCCACAGACCUUGUGAAGGGCCCAGAGGGCACAUGUGCAUCAAAGAGAAACAGUCAGAAUCACACUGUUCAGAGGGGGAGAACUAAAUUCAAUCCCAAAAGGGGGUUGAUACCUAUAAUUAAAAAUAUAAUAAUUAAAAGAAUCUUCUGCCCACUGGAAAGUCCUUUGCCUCUCUGUAGGAGAGAGGAGACAGGGAACUGAGCAGUGUAGAAUGGAAGAGCAAACUGUAACCCAGUGAAUUAGUCUUAACUAUAGCGAAAACAGCACUUGUGUAAAUGAGGCCCCUAAGGGCCGAUAACUAAGCAGUAAAAUGUUACAGGAGGGAAGUAAGUCAGGGCUAUAAACCUGGGAAGUCAGGACUGGGUAGCCAGGAUCUGGAGCAUAAAACAGGCGAGAUUAAAGGAUGACAGAUGAGUGCUGGGAAGGAUGCAUGAAUCCUUCUCGGAAUAAGGAUUCUAACUCCUGUGGCCUAAAGACAGGCUUAUUCCUCUGAGUACGCUGGGUACCAGAAAAUGACUGAGAUGCCCACUGAGAACUUGUGAGGAGAGUAAAAGAGUGAGGAAUGGCUGAUAAAUAAAAUAAGGAAAUAUAAUCAAAUCAGCAUUGAGUGUAUUUGAUUUAAGAGGACACCAGUGAAUAGAGAAGGGGAAGAAAGCGGCAGGGUGAGAGUUGCUGUUGGAUAGGACUGUGGCUUGAGUGAGAUAUAGUGCAAGCCCUAAAUUACAAUCAUCAUUAUUUUUUGGCUGGGCUGUGCUGUGACAUCAAUACCAAUUUACACUCUGGGUGAGUAGCACUUACUACCUUCUUGUCUUCAUAAAUUGUGCAUUGUCCUUAUUUAUUUGCUUCCGUGUCCCCUUCCUCUCCUCCUGCAUUGCCUCUCUCCUGCUUUUUAUAAGCAUGAUGGGGCCAUUGUACCCUUGCUAUGUCCUCGAUGAGUUUGGCAUUUAACCCCACUUAUGGAUCCCCAGCUCCACUCUCUUUCCUGCUAGACGGGAAUGUUCAACCUGUAUUCUGUCUCAUGGGGAGGACGGUGUGUACAAAAGGAGGCAAGGUUGGCAUUACUCUUGAUAGACCUGUGAGCAAGUGAUGCUUUUAUUAUCAUGCAGCUGGUAAUUCCAUGAUAUACAUCCAAGCAGCAGUGCCUGGAAGCAGGUCUGCUGUUUCUGAUACAUCCACAGGACAGAGCUACUGAAUCCUUUCACUGUGUGGACUAAAUUCUAAUAGAGAAAUCAUUCUGCAGGUCACCUCCCUUCCCAGGACCAACAUUUGAUACCUGUUGUAAUGUUAAAAAGACAGAGUGUCUGUUGCUUUCCUUGGAGCAUAAUAUAGCAGCUGAGGGCAAACACCAAACAUCAUCACGCUGACCACAUUAUUGUAACUACAAGAUGUAUCUUUCUGCUGUUCCAAAAGAGCAGAGCUGGAGAGUUAGAACCCUUCUGAUUUGAUUUUCUUCCCUGUAAUUCUGUGUUGGAGUUCUCAUCCUGCAGAAAACAGCAUUGAGGAAGGAGGGGUGGGAGAAGCAUGAGAAGACAACAAAAUCAAGCAUAUUCCAAAUAAAAGGUCAGGCUUGAACUGGAAACUUUAAGGAUCUUUUACCAAAGACUUGGGAAAUUAUCUGAAUCGCCAACAAACUGAAGAGCUUGACUGUGGGCCUUCAGAACACUCCAUCCCAGCUGAAUGAAGAGGUGCUCCUACGGGUAGAGUUCUCAGAGACAGGAAGAGAAAGCCUGAGCAUUUCCUCAGCUACGUCCAAGACUCAAACCUCUUAACCUGUAAUGGAGAUCCAGCCAUCUCAUGUACAGUCUGACUCUGUGCCAGCACCUUCCUCCCACUCUUUCAAGGAGGCAAGGCUCUGGCAGACAGCAGCACAGGCUUGCUCAAACACCGCUCACUCCAGUGUACUUUGCAUCCUACCUGUUAUGACCAGCUCUGCGCUUCAGAGGGUAGGAUCCUUCCUGCAGUCGAUCCUGCUGAGCAUCCAGAGCAGAGACCUCUCCGAGAUGUCAGGUAUUGGUCCGGAGGGGCUGAUCUGCGAGGCACACAGCAGCUCCCCGGUCUACGGUACAUUAGCCGCCUCUCCGUGGGAGAGGGAUCCCAGACAGCUCCGCUGGGGAGCCAGCCCAGGAGAUUUGUUAGCGGGCUGCUCCGGGGGAUCCCAGCCACCUCCGGCACCCGGGCGCCAAAGGUGCUUGUGCUGCUGCUGCUGCUGCUGCUGCCGCUGGCGCAUUUCAUCCCAACUCCAGCCAGAGCGGGGGCAAGUUGAACCGGAGACAUUAGAGCCACUGUGCUUCGGAGAGACGGGGGAGCGCGGCCGCACCAUGCCUGCGAUCAAGAAGGAGCGACUUGACAGGGAGGAGAUGGCCCUGGCAGCUUUUAACCAGCCCAUGGAAACCUUACCUGACUAUCUCGCCCCUCUGGCCGCCGCUGCCAUGCCGGUGGUGGCCCCGCACCCGCCGGCUUACGACCAGCUCUUUGCCCCCCGUGCGUACCUGGGCUUCCAUGAGACCCACCGCCCCCACCCGCACCAUCCGCACCACCCCCACCACCUCCCCGAGGACCUGAUGCUGGAGAGGUUUUCCUCCAUCCCGGAUUUCCAGCCCUUCUUUGACAACGGAGAGCCUUGCAUCGAGGUGGAGUGCGGGGAGAACAAGGCGCUGCUCUACAUCAAUAAGUUGUGCCAGGGGAGCAAAGGACCCUCCAUCCGGUACCGGGGAGAGUGGCUCACCCCUAACGAGUUCCAGUUUGUGAGCGGCAGGGAGACAGCCAAGGACUGGAAGCGCAGCAUCAGGCACAAAGGGAAAAGUUUGAAGACUCUUAUGUCCAAAGGAAUCUUACAGGUACAUCCUCCAAUCUGUGAUUGCCCUGGGUGUCGAAUUUCGUCUCCAGUGAACCGGGGUCGCCUGGCAGAGAAGAGGACCAUCCCCUUACCUCCAACCAAGAUCCCGAAGAAAGAGCUGACCUCCAUUUUCUCACAUAGCGACGACAGCGAGGAGAGCGAUAAGAGCAAUGGUCAGCACCCCGAAGUAAAGCAGGAGGAGGAUCUCCACAUCAGUAUCAUGAAAAGAAGGAUACACACCCACUGGGAUUUAAACAUCUCCUUCCGAGAGACCUCUUGCAGCCGCGAUAACGACCUUUCCACUAUCAUCUCCAACCUGCAUCAGAGCCGUCAGCUCGUUAUGCCAGAGACCCAGAGCCGCUGUGAAUUCAAGAGAAACAGCAUCGAUGUUGGCUUAGGAGCAGCAGAUGAGAUUUUAGGCAAGAGAAGAGUAUGCUCUCCCAACAGCAGCAGUGAGUGUCCUUUAGAAAGCAAGAAAGCCAGAAGUGAGUCCCCAAAGGAAAACUCCCACACGCCUCUGCUUGAGGACUCGGUGACUCAGAUGACCCCGGAGGAGCACUACAGGCGCAUGAUGUCGGCGCUGAAUGAGCACAGCACCUUUGAGGAGCAGCAGCAACAGCGUCUCUACCAGCUGGCCAACAGCAUGGCAGUGCCCAGCCAUGGAGAUCUUCUCCGUGCGAGGCAAGAGGUGGCGGCGGCGGCGGCAGCGCGGAACCCCGGCGCGAUGGAAGCGCACAUCCCCUCGGCCAGCAACUCUUCGAGCCAGCGGAGGAAGCAGGGCCUGCCCCAGCACAGGGACACACACUUCCCCGAGAGGGAGAUAUCCCACCCCCCGCCUCUGCUCUCACCCCAGAACGCACCCCACAUUGCCCUGGGGCCCCACUUGAGACCUCCUUUCCUCGGGGUGCCUUCGGCUCUGUGCCAGACACCAGGGUACGGGUUCCUACAGCCAGCACAAGCAGAGAUGUUUGCACGGCAGCAAGAGAUGCUACGGAAGCAAAACCUGGCAAGGUUGGAGAUGUCAGCCGAGCUCAUCCGCCAGAAGGAGCUGGAGAACCUCCACAGGCAAAGGCUGCUGGCCGGAGACCCGCUGAGCCUGCACCCCGGCCUGCCCCCCGACCACCCUGCCCUGCGCAACGUGCACGACAUCCCCGAGGGGCACCCUCUGCGGGAAGAGCUGUCCCGGCGCAACGCCAUGCUGGUGCUGCGGCACAACAACACCCCCCUGCUGUCCCUCAACCCCAGCGUCCCCAGCAGCGCCACGCCGCCCAAGGAGCAGCCCCGGCGCGGCAGCCGCAAAGCCACCCAUCACCGCGCCGAGCCGCAGGGCCUGAGCGAGGCCAAGGAGCUGGCGGAGCCCCGGGCACGCGAUGGGGCUCCGGACUGCAACGACGAGGAGAUGAAGGACUCGGAGAGCGACGCGGAUGUGAGCGAUGAGAAGGCCGAGAGCCUGAAGGCCGAGAGCAGCAGCUCGGCCGCGGAGCUGAAGGAGUGCAAAGAGACGGGCAAAGCAUGUGAAGGGGCCAAGGAGCUCGGUGAAGGGGCUCCCGGUCAAACUGCUCCCUGCAGCUCCUCCAGUGCGGAGUCCCCCAGCCAUCUGCUUGGGCCCGGCAUCAACAAAACCGAGGUGAAAUACCUGCCUCCAGCCUCCAUCCCACCGCCGCAGCCGCUGCCCUUCGGAUUCCCGUACACCGUGAGCCCCUACUUCCAUGCAGGCACCAUGGGAGGUCUGUUCCUGGAUGGGGAGGAAAGCCCCGCGCUGGAAGACAUCAGCAAAUGGACGGUGGAGGAUGUGUGCAGCUUCGUGUCCAACCUGUCCGGCUGCACCGAGUACACUCAGGUAUUCCGAGAGCAGGCUAUUGAUGGGGAGACCCUGCCCCUGCUGACGGAAGAGCACUUACUGAACAACAUGGGGCUGAAACUCGGACCUGCGCUGAAGAUCAGGUCACAGGUGGCCAAGCGGGUGGGCAGGGUCCUGUACAUGGCCGGCUUCCCCAUGGCCUUCCCGCUGCAAGCGCCCGGCCUGCGGCCCCCGGAGCGGGAGCUGCCCCCAGCCGCGGAGCUGCGGCCGCCGUCCACGGGCAGCGUGGCCUCCCCCUUCAGCGGCCUCCCCUCCGCCAGCCGCGUGUCCCCGAAGCAGGAGAACGGAGCCCCCGGCGUCCUGGCCGCGCUCGGCACCGACACCACGAAGCCUCCGUCCUAA